UCAUGGCGUCCCGUGGUCACUCAGGUGCAGUCUGGGUAAUUCCUUCCGCCCGGUUACCUCCUACAUGCUGUCUGAUCAAACCCUGAGUCCAGAAUUCUUUCCAGGAUGCAGAGUGCUUGCCAGGAGGGAGGUGGAUGGCCUCUACUACAUGGGCACUGUAAUACAGCAAAUACAGGGCCGCAUAGGAGUUUGGGUUGUAGACUUUGACCAUUCAGGAGGCGCUGCUUUUUGGGGUUGACCUCCUCCCAGAGGCAGCUGGUUUGCUCCCUCGACAUGUUGAACCACACAAGAGCUAGCACACAUUGUCUGGUACCUGGUGAUACUGUCCUUUCGCCUUGGGAGCCAGAUCUGAAGAGAUACGGUCCGGGGAGAGUGAUGGCCACACAACGUAGAGAUUGUUUUGGAGUCGAUGGUGUUACAUGCCUCCGGGUGCUGAUGUGGAACAGGUGUGUGUCACUGGUUCCUGGCGGCCUGGUUUUGCCCAUUUCAGCUUCUCAGCAUGACAGAAUAGUCAGGGAGCUCCAAAUCCCGACAUCAGCCUCCAGUCGUUGCUGCAACUGGCUUUGUGCUCGCAGCUCCUCCUGCACUCCCCGGCUGUUCUGCACCGACCGGUGUCCGUCUUCUUCUUCCUGCUGUUCAGUCACAAGUCACUGGCCAGGCUCAUUUCCACCAAGUUAUAGCUCAAGCUGUGGAAGAAUGGAUGGAUUUGAGAGGGCAGAGCAAGAUAAACAGGUGGACCUCAAAGACACAGAUGUGGGGAAAAGUGAGGUGCCCUUUUCCUCCACCUCCUCCUCCUCAUCUCUUUCUGAGGAUGAGACCAGAGCAAUGUUUCCUCCUGCAAUGAAGCUGAGAAGUAAACAACAGCGUCCCCCAUGGAAGUACUGGAGGCGAACUGGGCCAGAGCCACAACACAGACAGCCAGGGAAUGCAGUGCCAAAGAGGACAUCACAACCUGUAAGAUUUAGCUCCUCUGUCCCACAUAUCAGCUCCUCGCCCAAUCACAGCUCUCUGUUUCAGUCGCUUGCUGGUGCUAAAGGAAGAAGAGCAAACAUCAGAGAUGUUUUUGGAACGACCUUAUUCAAACCUCGACCACCAAUGGGACUGAAGCCUUUCUCUGGCAACAAUACAACUUCUGCUUACACUUAAUACGUCUGUGUGUGUAGAGAUAAAAACCUCACCAUAUACCUAUAUAAAGUUGGAAUAAACAAGCAAGAAACUGAUUU